UCGGCCAGCUAGCUCGGCGCAGACGUUAAUUAGCCUAGAAGCUAACACGAAGACCGACUGAAAAGUUAAUUUUUAGACGAAAAAUGGUGAAACACACGAUACAGAUAUUCGGUCGCAUUAAACCCACAGACAAAACUCUAGCGGUGUACUCUUUUGACAAUCAUGAGAAGACAGGUGCUUCUCUGCAGUUUGUGGUACCUCGUGACCUGGCGGAUGGCUUUGUUAACAACAAGAGGGAGAGCUACAGGUUCAGGUUUCAAAGGGUUUUUGACCAACAUGCCAAACAAGAAGAUAUUUUCGAACACAUCGCCAAACCCGUUGUAGAAAGUGUGCUGGCUGGGUACAAUGGCACCAUAUUUGCUUACGGCCAGACGGGCAGCGGGAAGACCUUCACCAUCUCAGGAGGCGCCGAGCGUUACUGCGACCGUGGCAUAAUUCCUCGCAGCCUGUCCUACCUGUACCAACGCUUCGGCCAGGACAGCAACAUAGUUUAUACCACACACAUCUCGUACCUGGAGAUCUACAACGAGGUGGGAUAUGACCUUCUGGAUUCCCGACACGAGGCUUCUCGACUGGAGGACCUGCCAAAAGUUAUGAUCAUGGAGGAUCCUGAACAGAACAUCCACCUCAGAAACCUUUCUAUGCAACAGUCGGCAAAUGAAGAGGAGGCUCUGAAUCUACUCUUCCUGGGUGACACCAAUCGUAUGAUUGCUGAAACUCCCAUGAACCAGGCCUCUACCCGCUCCCACUGCAUUUUCACCGUGCACCUCUGCAGGCGUGAGCCUGGCUCUGCCACCCUGCGGCGAUCCAAACUCCACCUGGUGGACCUGUCUGGGUCGGAUAGAGUUGGCAAGACGGGUCUAGAUGGGCAGCUUCUCACCGAGGCCAAGUAUAUCAAUCUCUCCCUGCACUUCCUGGAACAGGUGAUUAUAGCUCUAUCGGAGAAGAAUCGCUCCCAUAUUCCUUACAGAAACUCCAUGUUAACAUCGGUGCUGAGGGACAGCCUGGGGGGAAACUGCACCACCACCAUGAUUGCCACUCUAGCAAUCGACAAAGGGAACAUUGAUGAGUCCAUCUCUACGUGUCGCUUCGCUCAGCGUGUGGCUCUCAUAAAGAACGAGGCGGUACUGAAUGAAGAAGUGGACCCUUCCCUGGUGAUCGCGCAACUAAAACAAGAGAUUGUGUCUCUGAAGGAAGAGCUGGUGAUGGUGUCAGGAGAGCAGAGAGAUGAUCAGCUGACAGCGGAGGAAAUCUUGGCGUUGGAAGAGUUAGUCAGGGCUUUCGUGGAGAACCCUGACCCAGACGGGACCCUGUCACUGGGUCCAGACAUGAGGAAGAUCCGGCGCAGUUUCUCCCUGUUGAAGUCAAUGGUUUUGGACAAACAAGGCGGAAAAAAUGGGAGCAAUGAGCGACAAAAGUCACCAGAAAGGAGGAAUGACGUCAGCGCAGCAGAAGUGGUCAAAUUAAAGGAGCUGCUUAAGCAGCGUGAUAGUGAGAUCAGUAUCCUAGUGAGGAUUCUGAAAAAAGAAAAGAAAAGGGCUGAUGAUGCUACAGCUCAGCUAGCCGUCAUCUCCGAAAACCAAACCCUGUCCUCGCAGAAGGGUUUGAGUUCAGAUCCACAGCCGAGAGUGGCGAACAUGACCACCUUUCCAGAAGAACGGCAAGGACAAGGUCUCCCUUUGAUAGAUAAAGUGGAAAGUGCUACAGCAGAACAUGGUGUAAGGUUGUUUACAGUUCCACAGCUGAGAGACAGAAACCAGCCAGACCUUCAGUCUGUUGAAGGAAACAAAUCAACUUUAACAGAUAAUCGAACAGCGUCUGCGAUCCCACCAUUGAGAGAGGGAAAUAUGGACACCUUUCCAAUAAACCAAAGAGAACAAAUGUUCGCAAGGCUUCAUUUUGGACAAGAACAUGCUUUAGUUGACCACAGAGCUAGAGGGCCUUCAACGCCACAGCCAGCAGACAGAAACGUGGAGAACUUUCCUGCAAACCACGAAGGCCUACGCAUUGCAAGGCCUCAGCUGAAAGAAAGAAACCCGGAGAGCUUACAGAAGAACCAGGGAGGACAGGAGUCCACCAUAGGUCAGGUGAAAGAGGAAAGCAUGGAGAUCCUCCCAGUGGUCCAUGAAGAACGAGUGUCCAUAGCGUCUCUGCCAAAAGAAGACAGCACGGUCCCCCUAGAACAGGAUGGACGAGCUGUUCAGCGCAUCAAAACAGGUUCACAGCUUUCCAUGGUAAAACAGGAGGCCUUUGAGAUCUUCAUAAGGGAUCAUGAGGAGCGUUCAACUAUAGAAGACAACAAGACGAUAUUCAAAGAAAGAUCGGCCGAAGCCAAAAAACUUGUAGAAGAACUGAGCGAAGCCAGAACCAGAAUCAACGAGUUGAAGAAGCAGCUGGAUACUCGGAGGAGACAGAAGGCAGCUAGCGAUGCCACGGGGAACCCCUCACAGGCUGAAGAGUUUGACCCGAUGGAAAAAAAGCUCUGCGCACAAAUUAGGGAAGAAAAAUCAGCUUACAAGAGCAGCAUUGGGCGCCUGAAAGCACUGAGGACUGAGACUGAGCACCUGCAGCUGUUGCUGGAGAGAGUGAAGGUCAAGAUCCAGAAGGAUUUCCAGAAGUGGUGGAGCCAGGAGACUUGUAAUCUGCAGGACUGUGACUCAGGAGCUGGAAGACGACGUAACACAGCCUCGCUGAACGGGUCCCUGCAGCCAUCUUCACCUGGUUCUCCAGGACUUUGCGCUCCUGGUCUGGCCAGCACACCGAGGGAGUCCACAACAGACUCUUCUGCUCCAGAACUAAGGAGCUCUGUUCCUGAUAACGUUCCUGCAGCUGUUAAUAAGUCUUUGGAUGGGACGAUGAGUCCUGACUCUUCACAGUGGAGAGAUCUUGCUGCAACGUCAAUCUCAUCUUCUUCUAUCCCGCUGACCGGAGACCAGCAAGUCGAUGCAGACAUCCUGGCGUUUGUCAUGGCUCGGAAAAACCUCCUGAGCAGGAUAGGUCACACUCAGCAGUGAAAUGGUGUUCGAAGAAGGUCAUCGUCUCAGCCUCCAAGCAAACGCCUGAGUACUCUUUACUGCCACCAAUAUUGGCUUUUCAUCUGAAAAUGUGGGAAAAUGUUAAAUCUACACACAAACUGUAUAAAAGUGUAGUUUGUGCUUGAUUUGCACCGUUGAAAUAUUCGUGAGUUUGGAUUGUCACGCGGACUUUCAAACCUGUUUUAUCUGCUCUGCUCAACGUUUGACUCGGAUUUAAACUCGUGCUUUAUUUAUUGAUCGAUAUCCAAGCCACCGCUGGUGCACAGGUGCGAGGUUCUGGGGGGAAACAAACAGAUGUAUUCCUGGAACGUACUGUAAAUACGCUUUAACCUACAGCCGGGAGUGUGUAACAGCUGGAUGUGUCUAUCCGGUCCAUACUGGUUUCGUAUUUAACAUUAUGCAAGCGAAAGCCCAUCCAGCCCCCGUGGAGCCACCUACUUCACAGAAACAACCUGUCUGCGUGUUUGCAUGGCUUUGCCCUGAUUUGUUUGACAGAUGACAAGAAGCUGCAUGCUUUGCAUUCGGGCCUUAGAUCUUGGUUGCCUUGGAUAUUUCUCCUAGGUAACUCGACCCGUAAAGUCAUACCUGCAACAUGUCGUCACCAUGAGUACGAACUCGUUUCCAGGAACUCGAAGACAUCAGUGCAAGAGAAGAAAAGUUAAUGUGAUACUGUUAAAUGUUAAUAAAUGUUCAAAUAUACCAAACAUAUUCCUCUAAUAGGUUAGAAUGUGAGUGACAGAAGUCUGGAAAUGUCAUUAAAAGCUUAAAAACA